ACGCAUACCGACACCCAUCAAGCACACAUGGCUCCCUCUCUGCUACUCUUCCUCUCCAUCAUCUUCCUCACACUUCCCGCUGUAUUACCAGGCGCUGACGCUGUGUCCACAGUGAGCAACGUAGCUGUGCAGAGAGGAAGAUCUGUCACCAUCCCAUGUCACUAUGAUAGGAAAUAUGAAAGUAAUGAGAAGUACUGGUGCCAGGGGUCAUUGUGGAGUGGGUGUUAUAUUGUGGUGCGCACCAAGUUUCGAAAAGUCAGAGGUGAAACGUCGAUCACUGAUGACCCCACCCAUCAUGUCUUCACUGUUACCAUGACAAAGCUGAAGACAGAGAACUCUGGAUAUUACUGGUGUGCUGUAAAGAUCGGGGAUCAUUUGACUGUAGAUAAAAGCAAAUAUCUGUACCUGUCUGUCACUGCAGGCACUCCUGGACUCUGGGUUGACCAGCAGGAGGUGACCGGUGUGGAAGGGGGCCGUGUCAGUGUACAGUGUCACUAUAAUGAUCCGAGCAGCACGAAGAAGUGGUGCAGGGCUGAGGGCUCCUGUGUGGAAGUGAAUUCUGCUAAAUCUGGAAGAUCAGAGAUCAAAGACGACCGCUCUGAAAAUGUCUUCAUUGUGACUAUGAGGGAGCUGAACAGGGAGGACACAGGCUGGUAUUGGUGUGCUGCUGGAGAACAACAGAUCCCUGUUCACAUCACUGUCACUCAGAAACCUACAACUACCACAGUCACCACAUGUGCUGACGCUGUGUCCACAGUGAGUAAUGUAGCUGUACAGAGUGGAAGAUCUGUCACCAUCCCAUGUCACUAUGAUAAGAAAUAUGAAAAGCAUGUGAAAUACUGGUGUUGGGGGAAAAAUUGGAGUACAUGUUCUUUUGUAGUGCGCACUGACUCUCCAAAAGUUGAAGGUGAAACGUCAAUCACUGAUGACCCCGACAAUCAUGUGUUCACUGUUACCAUGGCGAAGCUGAAGACAGAGGACUCUGGAUACUACUGGUGUGCUGUAGAGAUCGGGGAUCAUUUGACUGUAGAUGAAAGCAAAUAUCUGUACUUGUCUGUCACUGCAGUGUGCAGUGUCACUAUGAUGAACCGAGCGCAUGAAGAAGUUGCAGGGCUUGAGGGCUCCUGUGUGGAAGUGAAUUCUGGAAGAUUAGAUAUCAAAGACAACCGCUCUAAAAAGGUCUUCAUUGUGACGAUGAGGGAGCUGAACAGGGAGGACGCUGGCUGGUAUUGGUGUGCUGCUGGAGAACUACAGAUCCCUGUUCACAUCACGGUCACUAGGAAAACUACAACUACCACAGUCACCACAAGUGCUGGUGCUGUGUCCACAGUGAAUAAAGUAGCAGUGCAGAGAGGAAGAUCUGUCACCAUCCCAUGUCACUAUGAUAGGAAAUAUGUAAAUAAUGUGAAAUACUGGUGUUGGGGGUCAAUGUGGUCAUCAUGUUAUACUCUAGUGCGCACGGACUCUCCAAAAGCCAAUGGUGAAACAUCAGUCACCGAUGACCCCACCCAUCAUGUCUUCGCUGUUACCAUGACAAAGCUGAAGACAGAGGACUCUGGAUACUACUGGUGUUAUGUAGAGAUUGAUUGGGGUUACGAUGAGGGCACAUAUCUGUACCUGGAUGUCAGUGCAGGUACUCCUGGACUCUGGGUUGACCAGCAGGAGAUGACUGGUGUGGAAGGGGGCCUUGUCAGUGUGCAGUGUCACAUUAAUUAUCCAAGCAGCAUGAAGAAGUGGUGCAGGGCUGAGGGCUCCUGUGUGGAAGUGAAUUCUGGAAGAUCAGAUAUCAAAGACAACCGCUCUAAAAAGGUCUUCAUUGUGACGAUGAGGGAGCUGAACAGAGAGGACGCUGGCUGGUAUUGGUGUGCUGCUGGAGAACUACAGAUCCCUGUACACAUCACUGUCACUCAGAAAACUACAACUACUACAGUCACCACAUGUGCUGACGCUGUGUCCACACUGAGUAAAGUAGCAGUGCAGAGAGGAAGAUCUGUCACCAUCCCAUGCCACUAUGAUAAGAAAUAUGAAAAGCAUGUGAAAUACUGGUGUCGGGGGUUAGAUUGGAAUACAUGUCGUACUGUAGUACGCACUGACUUUCCAAAAGUCGAAGGUGAAACAUCAAUCACUGAUGACCCCACCCAUCAUGUCUUCACUGUUACCAUUUCAAAUCUGAAAACAGAGGACUCUAGAUAUUACUGGUGUGGUGUAGAGAUCAAUGGGGGUGGAGAUGAGGGCACGCUUCUGUACCUGUCAGUCACUGCAGAUUCUGGACUCUGUGUUGACCAGCAGGAGGUGACCGGUGUGGAAGGGGGCCAUGUCAGUGUGCAGUGUCACACUAAUUAUUCAAGCAGCAUGAAGAAGUGGUGCAGGGCUGAGGGCUCCUGUGUGGAAGUGAAUUCUGAUAAAUCUGGAAGAUCAGAGAUCAAAGAUGACUGCUCUGAAAAUGUCUUCAUUGUGACUAUGAGGGAGCUGAACAGGGAGGACACAGGCUGGUAUUGGUGUGCUGCUGGAGAACUACAGAUCCCUGUACACAUCACUGUCUCUCAGAAAACUACUACUACCACAGUCACCACAAGUGCUGGUGCUGUGUCCACAGUGAGUAAUGUAGCAGUACAGAGUGGAAGAUCUGUCACCAUCCCAUGCCACUAUGAUAGAAAAUAUACAAUGCAUGUGAAAUACUGGUGUUGGGGGUCACAGUGGCAUGAAUGUUCUUUUGUAGUGCGCACUGACUCUCCAAAAGUUGAAGGUGAAACGUCAAUCACUGAUGACCCCGACAAUCAUGUGUUCACUGUUACCAUGGCGAAGCUGAAGACAGAGGACUCUGGAUACUACUGGUGUGCUGUAGAGAUCGGGGAUAAUUUGACUGUAGAUGAAAGCAAAUAUCUGUACUUGUCUGUCACUGCAGGCACUCCUGGACUCUGGCUUGACCAGCAGGAGGUGACCGGUGUGGAAGGGGGCCAUGUCAGUGUGCAGUGUCACUAUAAUGAACCGAGCAGCAUGAAGAAGUGGUGCAGGGCUGAGGGCUCCUGUGUGGAAGUGAAUUCUGGAAGAUCAGAUAUCAAAGACAACCGCUCUAAAAAGGUCUUCAUUGUGACAAUGAGGGAGCUGAACAGGGAGGACGCAGGCUGGUAUUGGUGUGCUGCUGGAGAACUACAGAUCCCUGUUCACAUCACUGUCUCUCAGAGAACUACUAUUACCACGGUCACCACAUAUACCACCACAUCUCUUUCUCGACCCCAAGAGAACAACAAAUUGACCAGGACAGCAGAAGCACCUUCAACUGUCCAGAAAACCAGUUGUCCGGAACAUGGAAGCCAGCACUGUUCCAGUGCACCGACGUGCAUGGAACGGACUCUGGGGGCGCUACGCCACACUGGGGUUGCUUUGGUGUUCCUAAUAUGCUCCGCCGUCGCCUUUUGGAAGAUUUGGCGAUACCGCACACUCGAGAGAGAACAGAGAAGACGUGGGACGUUACUCCAUAAAAAUAACACCGAUGUAGAGUCACUCUGAUGUCAUCAUCGCCAGAAUCGUUCCAGCCUCAGCUUUAACACCUCAAUAUCUGCACCUAUCACCUGCCACAGUUUCUAUCCUAUUUUAAUUAUAUGAUGAUGAUUAUUAACAAUGGAAAUUAUGUGACGAGGGCCACCCCAGGACCUUCUCGCUGGGGGGUGACAGGACUACUGCAGAUCUACUGCACCACCACCCCCAUCCACCGUUCUAUACGUAUUAUAAAGUGCUUCACAAUGGGAAAAAGAUGACACAUAAAGAUGAUAAUAGACGAUAAUAAAUAAAAGAUAAUAGUAAAAACAUAAUACAUGAAACUCAUUUUCAUGAAGCUGAAAAAAUAUGUUUGUGCAUUUUUAUACAAGGGAGUACAUUACAUUGCAUUACAUUGUCUAACAUUGUCUAAAAACAAUAAAAGCAUUAUCAUACCACAAUCUGUGAUAAUCUAAUUAAAGCCAAUGACCUUUUCAGGCUUCACAUACUUUGCAGGAUUACAAAAGCUCUGAGUUUUGCCUGAAAGAGAAGCUGCUAUAAUAUUGUUCUGUGUGAAUGCUCUCACAGAAAAGGCUUCAGCCCCACAGUAAACCACAUUGUGCCAUUUUUGCUGUGGUGAGCAGAGAGGAUUCAAUCAAUCAUUACAUUACAUUACAUUACAGGCAUUUAGCAGACGCUCUUAUCCAGAGCGACUUACACAACUUUUUACAUAGCACUUUACAUUGUAUCCAUUUAUACAGCUGGAUAUAUACUGAAGCAAUGCAGGUUAAGUACCUUGCUCAAGGGUACAACGGCA